AUUACAACAACACUAUAGGGUUUAUCGCCAAACCGUACGGACGAGUUGAUUGCGGCCGAAACGCUGGCCAAUCACAUGCGAUGCAACAGCAGUUUCAUUCACGACUUAUUUCAGGCACAGUUGCGGUCAUCGUUGGUGUGCCGGUCGUGCGGCAAACACAGCAACACAUUCGACCCCUACCUCUUCCUGUCCCUCCCGGUGCCCACACGACUCACACACACACUGCUGGUCAACGCAGUCUUCCUAAACCGAUCGCCACGAGUGGUCCAAAACGGCGUUUCCAUCGAGUCGUUGGCCACAAUCCGUGAAUUGCGGGACAAAAUUAGUCGACUUCUAAAAAUUCCCGAAAAACAAUUGGUUUUGUUACUAAUCGGUCAGGACUUUGGCCUCAAAGAGUUGGCCAAAGACACGGAUAUAGUGCAGGAGAUGCUCGAAGACAUGCAAGAUAUCUACGCUCUGGAAACGCCUAAACCCACUGUAAGCUACACAGCGGCCAACAGCGCGGCGUCUGGCAGUCACAGCGGCGGCGAACAACAGUUGACACUCGUGUGGACCAAUCGGGUGGGGAUUGGAAAUCAGGGCCGGAUCUUCGGGUCGCCCUUCUCGACGCUGGUCUCGCGGGAGGCGUCACACAAACAAAUCCAAUUGGAUAUUCUGAACGCAAUGCGUUCACUACUCAAACACGACGUCGACAUG